UAGCGCGCUCAUAAACCCUUUAUUUUCCGCUUGAACUUUAACAGCACUUCUUCACGAGUAAUGGCGUCUAUGUGAAACAGUCCUACAGCAAACAUUGAACAAAAACGAAGCUCUAAGAAGACUAACAGAUCGAGCCGCUCAUAUAACAGAUUUAACCGAGAUGCCGGUGUCAGUAGGAUCGUAUGGACAAGCUCAGCAGCCCAACUGCUUUGACAAAGUGAAAAUGGGCUUCAUGAUGGGUUUCGCAGUGGGCAUGGCUGCAGGUGCUAUGUUUGGAACCUUCUCCUGUCUCAGGAUCGGCAUGAGAGGUCGAGAGCUGAUGGGAGGAGUCGGUAAGACUAUGAUGCAAAGCGGAGGCACGUUUGGAACCUUCAUGGCGAUUGGGAUGGGUAUCCGCUGCUGAGAUCACACAAAACCUAUAUCUAACUUCAGGACUUUAAGCCAUUUCUGGAUUCAUUUGUCACCACACAAAUCUUCAAGGACACGGGUUUCAAUAAAGACAGUGAUAAAA